AUGAUUAGUCUUUUUUGGAAUAUCAGGGGUGUUGCUAAAGCUCCAUCGAGAUUAGCGCUUAAGAGGCUCAUCAAACUUCACAAGCCCGAUUUUGUUUUCAUUGAUGAACCCAAAAUGAGAAGGAUCUUCAGCCUUCUAUUCUUCAGUCCAUAUAACAGUUGUGGCGUUCACUAUUUGAUAGAUAUCAUAUUCUGGUUUGAUAAUUGGUGUGGCACCCCUCUGUACUUGGAUUAUCCUUCUUACAAUUUGAAUGACAAGCUUAUGGUAAAUCACUUCAUCGACCACAACACCUGGGAUCUCUCUUCUUGCCCGGUCCUGGAUUCCGUGAAGGUCAGGAUUAUAAAUAUGCAUAUUCCUUUUGACAUUCGGCCUGAUAAACGUAUUUGGAAACAUGACUCCUCGAGUGAGCUGACUCUCAAGCUUGCAUAUUAUUUUAAACGAGCUACUGGUGUUCCGGUUGAGUGGCGUCAGUUUAUUUGGUCUAAACACAUUCCUCCGUCCAAAUCUUUUAUUGCUUGGAGACUUUUAUUGCGGAAAUUUCCUUCUGAUGAGCAGCUCAAGAUUCUAAAUUUCUCUUUGCCUUCUAAAUGUAGCUUGUGUGGUAAUGCCGGUGAAUCCGAUCAUCAUUUGUUUUUUUACUGCAGUUAUGCAGCUAGUCUUUGGUCUUGGCUGCUUGUUGCUUUUCAAAACAACUCUUCCAUUACUUGCUGGAAUGAUAUUUGGAGGCUGUCCAAUAUCUGUUGUUCUAAAAUUAGUUUGUUGGUUUUUAAAGUAGUGACUAUUUUUAUCAUUAAUGCAAUUUGGAUGGCUCAUAAUAGUUCUAGAUUCAAAGAGAAAUUCAUCACAGUAUCUUCUUCAAAAGUCUAUAUUUUGUCUACUUGUUCUUUAGCCGGUGAGCACUCUUCAGUGCUUUGUCACAUUAGAAUGUCGGAUUUUGUUUUACUUAAAUUCUUCAAAAUCAGGAUCAAGCCUCCUAAUGCGCCGAAGAUUGUUGAAGUUAUCUUGAAGCCGCCUCCCCAAAACUAG